GCACCAAAUAUACACGUGUUUAUUUCACAGAUCAGAAUCGGGAAGUCGAGUCUGUCUGAGUUUAUUUCCGUCUGGUUUACUAACAUGUAUGUGUGUGUGUGUGUUUUCUCGCUGUGUUCUUGCCGCAGGCUGGCUGACUCGGCUGAGAAACAGACUGCCGUGUGUUUCCUGCAGCUCUUCAUCAGAGGAAGAGGAGGAGGGAGAUACCCUGCGGACGACUUCACUGAGGAGAUUACACCCCUCACACACACACACAGAUCAGGAACGGUGUGUGUGAAGCACAGAGACCUUCUUCAUAAAGCCUCUCAGUUCAUGGAUAUUCCCCUCUGGACAGAGUAAACAGAGAGAGCGAGGGAAGCCGUGUGGACAGCAGGACGAGAGACAGACAGAUAGAGACAGAGAGAGAGAGAGAGAGAGAGAGAGAGAUAGUUAAAUGUGGAAAGCGUCCUCUCUGAGCUCCAUGGCAAACUCUGCAUGCGUGCUGCUGUCCGGCUCCGGGAUGCUGCCUCACUCGCUGCACGCGCCGCAUGGCUUCCUCUACUUGUCCGAGGGUAAUCAGGAGGCCAGCAAUCCGGCGGACGUGAUGGCCCAGACUUACGCCCCGCAGUUUGCGCAUCCCCCGCAGAACGGCAUCCCCGCCGAGUUCACCGCGCUUCCCAGGCAAGACUACGCAGGACAGAACCGUGUCCCGGAUCACGGCCUGACGCUCUACACGCCGGCACAGACCCACAGCGAUCUGACCAACGCCGACACUAACACGCCAGCCAUCAGCAGCAACACAGCACCGACAGAAGACGUGACACAAACAGAAGUUUCCCAGCUGGUGCCGCAUUCAGAGUCCACGGAAAAACAGCAGCCCAAACGGUUACACGUCUCCAACAUCCCCUUCCGCUUCCGUGACCCGGAUUUACGGCAAAUGUUUGGGCAAUUUGGGAAGAUCUUAGACGUGGAGAUUAUCUUUAAUGAAAGAGGAUCAAAGGGCUUUGGCUUUGUAACUUUUGAAACGAGCACAGACGCAGAUCGUGCGCGGGAGAAACUAAACGGUACAAUCGUAGAAGGACGUAAAAUCGAGGUGAACAAUGCCACAGCGAGAGUGAUGACGAAUAAGAAAGUGGUAAACCCGUACACAAACAGCUGGAAACUCAAUCCGGUGGUCGGAGCAGUUUACGCACCGGAGCUCUACGCAGUGACGGGUUUCCCGUAUCCCGCAGCAGGAGCAACAGUGGCGUACAGAGGCGCUCAUCUGCGGGGCAGAGGUCGGGCCAUUUACAACACCUUCCGCACAGCUCCUCCUCCUCCACCCAUCCCAGCGUACGGCGCGAUGGUGUAUCAGGACGGAUUCUACGGUGCAGAGAUCUACGGUGGAUAUGCGGCGUACAGAUAUACUCAGCCUGCAACGGCUACAGCGUACAGCGACAGUUAUGGGAGAGUCUAUGCAACUACUGACCCAUAUCACCACACCAUCGCCCCGGCAGCCACCUACAGCGUGGGGACCAUGGCGAGCCUGUACAGAGGAGGCUACAGCCGCUUCCAACCCUACUAGAGAGACUAAACCACUGAUUACUCAAACUAACACACAAAACCACUAGACUCCUUCUGCUACACGGAGUGUGAUUUCAAUCAAAAAUGCUUCCAGGUCACCCAAUGACCUCAUCCCGACAACAUUCUCUCAAGUGGACAUUGUGGAAAUCAGUGGGAAAAUCAGAAGAGCAGCUCAUAAAUGUGAAGUUGAUGUCAGAUUUUUUAAAGUCACAUUUGUUUUCUCAUUUGUGUUUUGUCUGCAAAUGCAAGGACAGUGUUUGAAAAAGCAUUUUAAAAUGGGAAGAAAGUGAAUUAUCAUGUGGUCCUUUAGAUGAUUGUUUUUCAUUAUUAAUCAUUUUGUUAUGUAUAUAAGCUGCUAGACUGAAUUCAGACAUGAGACAAUAUCUCAGGACUCUCUUCAACUUUUCUUUGGAUCCAAAACCACCCCAGACAGACAUACAUAUAUAUAUAUAUAUAUAUAUAUAUAUACCAGAUAUUGCCAGCAUACUCUAUUCUCUGUGGUCUGAAACUGUGUGUUUGCUGUAUGAAUAAGCUGUUCUUGUUUAGUUGCUGGGGUUUUAUUUUAAGGGUUUCUAUGCAUGUUGUUUCCGAGAUGAGAGGACUCAUCAUGUGUUCUCUCACGUUUGCACUAACAUAUUUACCUCCGUACACAGUGGACAGAUUUAACUCACUCUAACUAAUGCUGAAUGAAUGUGUGAGUGCUUGUGCAUUAACAUAAUAAGGAUUAAAAGAUCAUUUCAUAUAUGGAAAUAUUACAUUACAUAAAAAGUAAUUUUACAAGUUAACAUAGUGACUUUGGGAGCAAUAUGAUUUUCUGGAUUUUCAAAAGAAGGACAAAUAAUUAGAUUAAUGAAAAUACAAGGAAACUUGGCGGGACUUGAAGAGAUGUGCAAAU